AUAGUUGCUAUUAAGCAAACAAGAGAGGGGGAAGAGAGAGGGUUAGAAAGGGAGACUAGGCAACUUCUCUUCUAACUUGAACGAUGCUCUCUCUUCGGUGGCAAGACUAGUUCGGCGGCGGCGACGACGAUCGAUGGUUCAAAGGGGAAGGGUUUCAUUCUUCUCUUCGCUUCGAUCUGGAAAAAAUCUCAGUUCGAUUCUUGAGAGUCUUGCCUGGCCUCUGAGACCGACCAUUUACUUGUAGAUACUAUGUUGAGUAACAAGGAGGGAGAGUCUUCUCUUUCAGAAUCCAAGUGGUUAGAACAUGAUGAAUCUUUGGCUGUUUGGGUCAAGUGUAGAGGGAAGUGGCAAGCAACAAUCAAAUGUGCAAGGGCAGACUGGCCAUUGUCGACAGUGAAAGCAAAACCAACUCAUGACAGGAAAAAAGUAUCUUGUGAUAUUUUUUCCACGCAAAAGAAAUUACUCUUGGGCAGAUGUGCUACUUGUCCGCCCAAUUAAUGAAUUUCCAGAGCCCAUUGCAUAUAGGACACAAAGUUGGAAUGAAAAUGGUGAAAGAUUUGACUCUUGCCCUGUUAGCAUGCUAAAUAUUAUUGACCAAUUACAUACCAAGGCUCUGUCAGAGACUGCUCACAGCGUGAUGGUUUGGAAGGAAUUUGCAAUGGAGGCUUCUCACUGCAAGGGUUAUUCUGAACUUGGAAGGAUGCUUUUGAAACUUCAUAAUUCAUUGGAAUGGAAUGAGGAACAAACUGAAGAACAAGGGGGAGCUGAAUCACCUCCUGUUGUUGCUAAUGAUCCUUGUGCACAAAGUUCCGAAAAGAAAGAGGAUAAUCCAGUUAAUGGUACUGAAGAAAGUGAAUGGGGCAGACUUCUGUGACUAAGGUAAGGAGUAAAUUCUUGUGGCGACUUGUUCAUAGUUUCAUUGAGCAUCACUGUUCUAGAAUACAUUAUAUGACCCGUAUCACUUUAGAAUCUGAUGUCACAUUUAUAGCUAGUACAAAACAUUCUCAACUAUUAACCACUUAAUUAACUUAGGCAUUCACAUAUGAGAGGAAUAACAAACAUGUAUAUGCAAAAUUCAAAGUUAUACCUAGGGUACAGACAUACCGAUGGGCCCAAAAAAAAAAAAAAAUACAGCUAUGCCACCUUAAUGCAAUAGCAAUUGGAAUGAUUUGAAUUGUUGAUGAAAGAAAGAAAAUAGGCAACAUAAUGCAUUCUAGUGGUUUGUGAUGUUCCUAAUCCAACUUCUGUGAGAGUGUCCCACUGUAAUUUCCUUUCUGGAUAUUGCUUAUCAUAUUGAACCACAGGAGAGUACAAUUACCUCAUUAUGUGUUUUAUGUAGCAAUUCCUGUACUCCCAGUCAACUGAAUCACCUCCUGUUGUAUGCUGCUAAAUAUUUGCUACGUCUUUGACAAAUAAGUAUGCCUUCAAUAUUGACUGCCCAACAAAAGAGACAUAUUCUUCAGAUUUACAUGAGUUUAAUACUUAGUAGGCACAGAAUAUACCAUAUAUAUCAAAUUAUGAAUGUCUUCAAAAGCCGUGUAUAUGUGUGUUUAACCUGUGCAAAUAUGGUAGUUUGAGUGUAGAACUAAAAUUGUAUACUAAAGAAAAUAAUAUUUUAUUUAUUUAUGCGUUUUUAUUGAGAACCCUUAUGAAGAUUUAAAUGAUUUAAAAUAAAAAUAUAUUUUAAAAUGCUCAAUCAUGCAUUCAACUCAAGUAAUUAAAUAUGAUAAAAAUGAAAAGUAUAGAAAGUGAAGUGAAAUAAAAAAAAAUAAAAAAUUAAUUUACCAUAUGCAUUUGGGUAAGAUGAGAAUUUAGGAUUUUUUUUUUUUAUUUAUAAUUAUGAAAUUGCCGUUAACUUGUUUACUUGAAUUACACAUUAUUUAUCAACUUUGACAUCUUCAUUAAAUCAUUCAUCAUACAUCGAUCGAAUAUGAAAUAUUAGAAUGAUAUAUAAUGAAUGAAUUAGGCUAUUAUUAUUGAUUUACGCUUGUUGAGUCAUGUCGGUAAACAAAUUGUUGGGCCAAUAAGCUAAGUAGUGAGAAAUGAUAUUAGAGCUCUGAUUGUUUAGAAAGUGAGAUCAUAAGUUGGUUUAUGGGCAGAAUUGGGUCACUAAUUUAGAAAUUAAUUAAAAAUAUUGAGUUAAAUUUAGCACAAGAUUUGAUUGGAUUUUUUUUUUGAUAAUAAAUUUAGCUCCCUGAAAGAGAUGAGUAUUUGUGAACUCUAAGACCUCAUUUGAGAAGAUAAGUUUUUGGCCAAAAAAUUAUUGUAAAUUGUCAUAUUAUUUUUUUUAAAUAUUUUUUUCAUGUUUUUUGGUAAAAAAUUAGUCAUUUUGGUUUAAUUUCUGAAAUAAAUUUUUGAAAAGUAAAUCAAAGAAAGUGAAAGAUCAAUUCCUAAACCUCUAAAUCAUUUUUUAAUUUUGACAAGGG